UAGGGCAAAUACGCUGAAAUCCCUAGAAGGGCGGUGAUCUUCUUCAUCCGGACUCAUCGGAAACCGACUUGACCGGAGCAGCUACGCUUUUCAUCUUCUACUGCCGCCGUUGUCAGUUUGCAGGUGACAAAGAAAGAGCAAACACACUUGCUUCAAUUGAAUGGCGUCUGUAUCUUCUUCCUUGGACUAUCUUAACCUAUUUCUCAUUCGCCCCAUGACUGCCAUCUCAUUUGUUCUUUCACUAAUCCUUCUGGGUUGGUAUUUGGCUUGGAAACUUGUACUGGUUCAUGUCCCUCUAGUUCAAGAGAUUUUUGGGUUGCGGAAGAAACCUAUAAAGCCAAGACCUUUAAAGACUGGACGAUUCUCUGAUAUUUACAACCGCAUGGACGCAGCCCUAGAUUCCACUUCCUCUCACGGGUAAGUAAUUAAAUCACCUUCAUUCUCACCA